AUGGCCACCGACGCUACAUCACAGACGGCAGCCAUCCACACCAGCAUCGAGGAAACCCUCCGCAGCACGCCCUACGCCGCCUCGAAUCUGCGGCCAUUGAGUGGCGGCAAUGCCAACUUUAUCUAUCACGCUACAUUACAAACACCGCUGCCAGACGGCACUGCCGAUGUGGUGGUGAAGCACGGCGAGGGCUUCGUCGCCUCCAGCCCCGACUGGAAGCUGGGCAAGUUCCGCUGCGAAAUCGAAAAGGAGAGCCUCCAUCUUGUCGAGCAGCUCCCCCCGCUCAUCACAUCACACUGUGAGGUCCGCACCCCACGCAUGCUCUUCUUCAACCCCGACAACUGCACCCAGGUCCAGGAAUAUCUCCCCCAUGCACUUAGUCUUAAAGACUAUGCGCGCAAGCACUGGCCUGCCCCUUCGCCGGUGUCUGUCAAGCCGCGCUGCAUUGAGCUUGGACGUAGCCUUGGCCAGUGGCUGCGCAGCUUCCACGACUGGAGCGAGCAGUCGGCCAACAGCCAAGUGCGCGAGCUCUUCUCCAAGAACAAGGAGAUGCAAGCCAUCAAGAAGAUGGUCAACUACGACCAGCUGCUCCGUAUGGUAAACAAGUGGCCCUCGUUUCUCAAGGAGUCCGAGGGCGUCUUCCAGGAAGUGGUCAAGAUGGCUGCCGACGAGCUGGAAGAUGAGAGCAAGCUGCACGUUAUCCACGGCGACUUUUGGACCGGAAACAUCCUUCUGCCGGACGAGUCCAUCGACAACGACAAGCAAAUCCCCGUGAGAAUUGUCGACUGGGAAAUGGCCCAGCUUGGCGUCCGCCCCGAAGAUCUCGGUCAAGUGAUUGCCGAGCUGUGGGAGCUCAAGCUGUACAAGGACAUUGACGCUGGUCUCUGGAUCAUCGAGGGCUUUGGCCAGGGCUACGGCACCGUAGAGAAUGACUUUAUGUUCCGCGCGCUUGUACACACCGGAGCUCAUCUCGUCGCCAUGGGAUCGACUACGCCCGGAUGGGGAACACCAGAGCAGGGCGAGCAGGUAGCCAGAACCGGUAAGGAUCUCUUGGUCAAUGCCUUCCGCAAGGACCGCAAGGCGUUUGAGGGCCAUGAUCUGGAGUGCCUUCUCCGUUAG